GGAAAAAGCACAUUAAUAUUCGUCAUUGUUGAUGUACUGCUGUAUACCGAUAUGGCUGUUCGAGUGACGGUUUGUUGAACCUCUCGCUUCUCCUACCGUUACGUGUUGCUGUCUUCUUCUCCAAGGUGUCAGCUGCAUGAAUCACGUUCUCGCUUUACGGAAAAUGUUUGUGGCCACAGCAGCCUCAUGGACAACCCCGCGAUGAAGUCAAUAAGACGCUGACCCCAAAUCAUCUACAAGUAUCUCCGACGAGAAAAGCUGUCUCUCUCUGUCUCCGUAAACUCUUCCAUUACAGCUUCUCAACAUGGCGCGCAUACUAAUUACAGGAUCUUCUGACGGACUAGGACUGCGUAGUGCUCGCGUCCUUGCAAAAAGAGGUCAUUCAGUUGUCCUCCAUGCGAGAAACGACCAGCGCGCUCAAGAUGCUCGAUCUGCUUGCCCCGAAGCCGAAACCUGCGUUGUCGCCGACCUCUCGGACAUGUCCCAAGCGAAAAAGCUGGCAGAAGAUGUGAACAAGCUUGGACCGUUCGACGCAGUCAUUCACAAUGCAGGUCUAUACACAGGCGGAUACCGCAAGACAAAAGAUGGGUUCCCUGGCGUCGUCGCUGUCAAUACACUUGCUCCUUACAUCCUCACCUGCCUGAUCCAACCUGCGCCGAAACGUCUAGUCUUCGUAUCCUCGGGUCUGCACAAUGGGGGAGACCCUUCACUGCAAGAUAUUACAUGGGCACGACGAGGGGAGCGAGCUUUUAGUGACUCGCAAGUAUAUGGUGACACAAAGUUGCACAAUAUACUACUGGCCAAUGCAUUUGCAAGGAGGUGGCCCAAUGUGCAGAGUAAUUCUCUCGACCCAGGCUGGGUUGCCACGAAGAUGGGCGGCAGUUCGGCGACGGGUGACAUUGAAGCUGCGGUCAAAACCUAUGUGAUGCUGGCAGAUGGGGAGGGACCUGCGCAGACCGCCUCGGGGAAAUACUGGGUCAGCAGUAAAGAAAGGUCGCCAAAGAAGGAAGCAAAUGAUGUUGCUGUUCAAGACAAUCUGAUCAAGCAGCUGGAGGAAAUUACAGGCGUCAAGUGUCCAUCGGCAUGAUGAUACUGUGAUGGUCACCGUGCUGCUUUGACGAUUGAGAGAACAAGCACGGCCCAUCCUGGAUCAGCACAGCGAGACUGAUAUAGGACUCAUGUCGACUUUCAUCACCAUCAAUUCAAGCAAGUCAGCAGUCCAUUGUAUGUCAUCGAUCUCGAGUCCAAUGCGGGCAAUGUCAGCUAUCUGCGACAUGAUUGGUGGAUUGAGCUGCAUGGCCGGUCCG